GAGCAGUUCCUGCUCUCAUUCUAAUGUAUUAGCUCUUUGUUUGACCUGCCUUCUCUGAACAUGCAUAACUAAUUGGCACACACCCAUCAUCCUUAACUGGAUACUGCUUGUAGUGUUAUAAGAAUAUUAUGCAGCAUAUUAUUCAGAGUUAUAAAUCUAAUGAUGUUGGCCAGGAUGUGUAACGCGAUACGCUAUUUCUUAAUAUAGCCCUGUCCCUUUCCUCCAACCCCCUCAUACGGCAAAUUUUUAAAUCAUUAUUAAGUGACAAACUUCCAAGUUUUAUUUUUGUAAUACCUGAGCUUUUUGUUACGAGUUAAACACGGUUACAUUACGUUUACUUUUACAUUCGCGUUCAUUGUGCUAGGUGUAUAGGCAGUACAUGAUACCGCCGCGCCUAGUGCAGCUUAAUGUAAUUAGUUUGCUGCGUGCAGCGCAAUAUUCUUUCCGUACUUUUGUUUCUGUCUUGCAAGUGGGGGGUAGUUUAGAGUUAGGGGAAAGCAAAACUAACAUAUUUUAGCUGUUAUCAUAUGAUUUAUCAUGUAGACUGUGCGGGCGAAUCCAAAAGUGUUCUACUUUUGGUAAUGUGAUCAGCCGUUAUAUAUAACAGAGAGCAGCUGGAUGUAGUUUAUUUCCUAUCUUGCAUUAUACGUUGCGUUUCUCUUUGAGUUACUUUGUUAACAUUAUGCGUUUCUUAGCCAAUAAAUCUGACCUGAGUUCAGCGCAUUAUUGCCCUGUUAAAGGCCAGAAGAGACCAAGAAGUAAAGAACUGCCACAAGCUAAAGACGGAAUCGAGCUUCAUCACUGGAACCUGUUGUCCGCUUUUAGCACCACCGAACUUGAAAAUAUUCUCGCUAAUUUGAAAGAAAUGUAUUUGAAUUGUCCGUGUUGGGCACCAAGCAGCAAUGCCAGGUGUUGUAAACGAGAGAACGAGGACGCCAUGGCCACAGAUCUAAAACCCCUCAUUUCCAACACACCACCCGCCAGCCCUCCCAACCGCAAACGACGCAAAACCCCAACUGGCUCCCCUAAAACCGUGUCUGUGUCCUACGAAAAACAAAGGCCGAGCAGAAUAACCUUAAAAAAACCCUCGAUACUCAGAUGUAGUGGGGACCCCACAACCCAACUCUCACCCGGAGUACGUGACCGCAAUAUCCACCAGUGGCUCCAAACUAACCCUGACCCCCUCACCCUCUCACAUCCUGAUCCACACUUGAACAAUCAGAAGAGAAGUGAAAUCAUCACAGUUCCUGAGUCCGAGCUGAAGAAGUUUGUCAUGAUCCAGGUGUUUGAGCGAGAUACGCUGCUAAAGAACGAGCUGAUACCGCUGAGCGAGGUUGAUAAUACGGAGAUAUGUAUCAGUUACAGCAGACACGAGAGUGACCACCCGGAAACUACUGAAUUUAGGGCCUUCCAGAUAACGUCCCCCGAAUCAACCAAUUUUGUUGAAUUUAAGAGGCAGUUUGGAAAAGGAAUAAGAUUGUUCUGUCGACGUGGCGAGACGGUUCAACUCAAAAAAAGCACUCAACUAAUGACAUUCUACGGUACCAAAGCUACAUCAGACUGGCAGGAGAUAAAACAUCAGAACAGAUGGGAAAACGUUUUCGAUUUCCAAAUGUUAAAACCACAUCGAAAAGACUUUGAUUUUGAAACAUACAACAAAACGACAGCGUGCGUAGACAAUGCAGUGAGAGUGACUGUAGGGUGUCAGCCUGAUGGGAAACAUAUUUAUGAAACUGAGUUUCAUAUCAAAAUUAGUUUUAUUGUUCAUUGAAUAACAUGGGGAGGAAUUUAGUUGGAAAGGUUAUUUUGAUGGCCCAGAUUUUAUGAAUAAGAUUAAGCUUGAGAUAGCAAAUCAAGAAUAGGCGAUUUGAACUUUGAAGUUUUGCGCUGUGAAUUUAUAUUUGCAGCUAAAUCUCAAUCCUUUAUUUGGGAAACAAAAUACUGUUUGAUUAAUAUUUGAAAUUUGAUUGCCCAAUUUUAUAUUAUAUGAUAACAUGAUUAAAAUUUUAAUUUUAAAGACGAUACUGAUCAUGGUCAUAGAUAAUCAUUGAUAGAUUAGGUCAGAUUACAGAUAACUUAUAGAUAUGGCUAAGGAACUUGCAAUGAGCUCUGUAAUGCUCUGAUGAAACAUUUAUAUUCUGAACCCAUAUAUACAUGUAAGAUAGGUUGAUUGUGUUUAGGUUAAAUUUUUGAACUUUUAAAACAGUGACACCUUGUAAAUAAAUAACCUAUAUUGUAAUUUAAAUUAUCUAAUCCAUUUUGAAAGAUUCGUAUAUUUUCUCGACCCUGAACAACA